AUGACCACCGUACCCAACGUGUACUCUGCCGAGCCGGCUUUUCCAAUCCUUGCUCAUUCUCUUCUUACCCAAUCAGGCGAGUCCCGCAUCACCGACGGUCCUUUCCAUGACCAUGCGGACGGCAGCGACUGGAAUCUUGCAAACGAAUGGAAUAUCGGCAUCCGAUCAACCAAGUCAGCCGUUUUACAGUAUGGUACGGUCAUAGGGUUCUCAAGGCUAAGAACCAGGAGUAAGGACAAUGAUGAAUAUAUCGGGCAGAUCCCACGCUACCUUCUCACAAAGCACCUACUGAAUAACUCUCCCUCGCCGGAACCGAGUGCCUUCAUCAUCUUCCCAAGUGGGUUUGAAGCAUUCGCUCCCAGGACUUUGCUCAACUGCCUGCAAUCUGCGCCAACCCAACCGAAACUCUCUCGAGAGGAAGCAAUCAAAAGACUUGAUUCUGUGCAACUGCUACCAGUACACGACUUUCCAAACGCAGCUCAAGCAAUCAGUAAAGUAUCAGAGUCUCUGCAACAAAUCGAUACGCAAAGGCAACAGUCAAACACAGCCCAACCUAUUGUUUUCAUAGUGGUUGGGCUCGACUCUCUGAUCGAAGGCGUCAUUCGAGCCUCCAAUCCAGUCAGAGGAACAGCUCUACUAGCAGCCACAUUACGCAAUCUCACUCGGAUGUCCCGAACACACGCCUCUUAUCUUUCCAUCAUGCUGGUCAACACCAGCGGACUUGGUCCAGCGAGCUUCGAAACGAACCAGCAGGGACCGAACCAGUCGAACCCCCGCGAGGAGGAUACAACUUCAUUACAGGAUGAUGGUAUCCAUUCGAUCUUCCAGACACCAGACACUUCCCUUCUAAAUACUCUGCUCAUGAAAACACUCGACCAAGGGAUGGACACGCAUAUUCUGCUCUCGGACGUGAAGAUGUCACCAAUUGCCGAGGUCGUUAAGUCUCGGACUGGGCCUGGGCUGGGGAAAUGGGGCGUAUGGUCCCCGAUACCAUGA